AAUCCCACCAUCAUCAGCGCAUGCCCACCGGCAUGCGCUCCAAUUUUUUGACGUCUUCAACCCUAGAACCAGACGGCUCGGAGAUCAAAAACAAGAAGCUAGCUGGCUUUCAAGCUGGUAGGCAGGUUGUUAUAGCUUCGUCUGAAUUUAUAACGUAGCUAAGGACAUUCAAAUAGAGGUAAGAUAUAAGUGAAACAAACGUCAAAGAUACACGAGCGUCGGAUAGGAACGGAGGGCAACUUUUCCCCGGAAAGGUGGGAAUUUGUUUUCAUUUGAUUUUGUUGGCUAACGCUAGCUUAACCUAAUAACGUUACUGUACGUUAGCCAACAACAGUCGCAAGACUCCUUCCUGGACUUGUCGAAGUUGCAAAGCUAGCUGGACCCUCCUUAAAUCAAAAUCAUGGCGUGUGGAGCGACCCUGAAAAGAACCAUGGAGUUUGAUCCAUUGAUGAGUCCAACGUCGCCUAAAAGGAGAAGGUGUAUCCCGGUUUCCCCAUCAUCCUCCUCAUCCCCACGGAAAUACCUUCGCAUGGAGCCGUCACCAUUUGGAGAGGUGUCGUCAAGACUUUCAGCUGAGAAAAUUCUGAACAACAUCAAGCAGGAGUACAAGCGCAUUCAGAAGAGAAAACACAUCGAUGGAGUUUACCAACAGACAGAGGGUUGCUACUCCCUAGAGGCUCCACCCCCUCUAGGUGGAUCCAGUAUGCCAGGCACAUCGGCUGGAGGUUCUUCUCCAUCAAGGAAAGAACAGCCCUUAUUUACUCUUAGACAAGUUGGAAUUAUUUGUGAACGUCUACUGAAGGAGCGUGAAGAUAAAGUUCGGGAGGAAUAUGAGGAGACCAUGACUUCCAAGUUGGCAGAACAAUAUGACACUUUUGUGAAGUUUACACAUGACCAGUUGAUGCGAAGAUUUGGAGAGCAACCUGCAAGCUAUGUUUCCUGAAAGCGUCCCAGUCUGCCAGAUGACCUGUUGCUGCAAGCUAUCAAGUUUAAAUCUUGGGAAAUCACCGCAAGAGAUUUGGUUUAUUUAAACUUUUCUUACUGUGCCAUAUUUCUCCUUUGGGCAAAGGUUUAUAAGCCGUUGUCAGUGGUUAUCACUCUCUCUCGCAAGCAGCUAGGUGCUUCCUAAUGUAAAUGUAUAGGCCCUCUCUACCAGUGGCCUACGUUUCUCCUGCUGUACUUGUAUCGAUAAGGCCUCACUCUUACAAGGAAUUCCAAACUUUAUUAAUUGUUUUAUUUCUUUGUUAUAUGUGUAUAUAUAUAUAUAUAUAUAUAUAUAUAUAUAUAUAUAUAUAUAUAUAUAUAUAUAUAUCAUAUAUGAUAUAUAUAUCAUAUAUGAUAUAUAUAUCAUAUAUAUAUCAUAUAUUAUAUAUAUAUAUAUAUAAUGAUAAAGCAAUGUCGAAAUCCAUGUAAGGUUUGCUGGUCAAUCUAUGAGCAAGUGGAAGAUGCAAGUUAGUACAGUUUGGAGAAGAGAAUAUGGGGAUGCAUCAGUAACUUUUUUUUGUAUGGGACUUUACAAAGUGUAAGUUAGAUUUUUUUUUUUUUUCCCCCUUUCAAAAUGUUUAUUUUAUUUUGUCAUUUUUGUUUUCCUGGUAUUACUUUCAAACCUAUGUACUUAGUGGAAAACCAAACAAUAAAAUGUUUUAAGGCUUA